AAAUAAAAUGGUAACCAGUCAAUUCCAAAGUUUUGAUAAUGCAAUCUGAAUUACAGAGGCCGCUGAAUUUAAUUUCAAAUUCCACCUCACUAAGAAUUGUGUAAAAUAUCGCAAAUCUAAACAUUGAUGGAAUGCAAGGUGUCCACACCAGCACAGACCACAUAAACCAUGUAAUCAUCCACGCGUCUCUCUGUUCUUUGUGUUCACUGCAUGCUUAGCUUAUGAUCUGCCAAAUACAAUUUAGAUUGGCUUUAAAACUCCAGAAUUUGAAAAAGAAAAACUCAUCUUGCCACACGGAAGGAAAAAAACUUUCAAAAAUUAUAGCUCGAUUGAUUAUCUUUGUAUUCUAUUGAUUAUAUUGAACAAAUCCCCUGUUGAUUUUAGGCAAACAAUCUGUAGAUUGAGAUGGCGCUGCAAUGGGUUGUUUUAGGGUUUGUAGCAAUAUCAGAGGCAAUGAUAUUGUUUGUUUUAACAAUGCCAGGAUUAGAUCGGUUGAGGAAGGGUAUGAUAAAGUUGUCGAGGAGCGCUCUGCAGCCAUUAUUAACAGUUGUGCCCUUCAGUCUGUUUUUGUUGAUGGAUAUGUACUGGAAAUACGAGGUGAGUCCAACUUGUGAAGGGCACGCUUGCAGCACUGUGGAGCACCUUCGUCACCAGAGAUCCCUGCUUAAAAUUCAGAGGAAUGCCUUGCUUGUCUUGGCCUCGCUUCUUUUCUACUGGCUUAUCUUCCAUGUUACGCACUUGCUGGUUCGUCUUGAACAGAUGAACGGGCAAAUCAAGAAGCUCGAGGACUUGGAUUGAGAUGAACAGGCAAAUCAAGAAGCUCGAGGACUUGGAUUGAGGUAAUUGUAUCUUUUAGGGUUUUUAGGGUUUGAGAUUCAACAAAUAAAAUGCCAUAUUUGCAUGUGGAUGUGUAAAAAUUUUAUCAUUUGUACGCCUAACUGAGUUUUUAUCAAGAAAUUCUUACUUCGAAUAGUGAAUUUUGGAAGGAAUUAAGAACUAAAUUGUUUGAGUUUCUGAUUCUGGAUUUCAAUGAUGAAUAAAAUUGAACU